GUUCAUUUGUCAGAAAUCACAGUACUCAAAACUAUAGGCUAAAGGGCCUCAAAAUUUACUAAUUCUUCACUUGAUGGUUUAGUUCAUUACAACAGAAAUCUGGCAAGAACAAAGGCUUUCUGUCCCAUAAGUUGUAAGGCUAAUUUGAGGCUUCUUGGCACCUUACUUUGGACAUAUAUAUAUACUAGUAAGUUCUUGGUAAAAACAAUGGAAAUUGGCUCGACUUCACUCGAAAAACCAGGAAUGAACAAAGAUCAUGUGUCGGUUCAAAUCAUGAACGACGACAACUAUCUUGCAACCUCAAUCAAGCAAAAGAUGGAAACCAUUUCUCUGUCACAUAAUGUCUGCAGAGUAGCCGAAGAGCUCCUCAAAGGGAACAAAGAAAUGUACUAUCCUUCUCUAGUCUCUGUUGGUCCCUUCCACCGCGGCAGAGUCAGAACCAUGGAGGAUCAGAAAUGGCGAUACUUCAACACAUUGCUCAGCCGGAAACCAAACACAGAAGCAGUCCUCGACAGAUGCAUCCAUGCACUAAAGCAUGCAGAACGAAAAGCCCGAACGUUCUAUCAUGACAGGGUUGAUUUAGGCAGCGAUGAGUUCGUUGAGAUGUUGUUGGUUGAUGGAUGUUUCAUUAUCGAGCUCUUUCUUCAGUGCUCAUUCAGGAGUUUAAGACGUAGUGAUGAUUCGGUCUUCAGCACAGAUGGUACCCUCUCCCGGUUGACAUGUGACUUAAUCCUACUAGAAAAUCAGCUUCCAUUCAUCAUUCUCGAUCAGCUAUUUCAUUUAGUCCCUAUCCCAAGUCAUUGCAACAUGUCCCUCAUUGAACUUGCUCUAUAUUUCUUCCGGAAACUGAUUCCAGGCUAUAGUUCAUCAAUCCCACCAAAAAAAUUUGGCCCUGAAAUCCAUCAUUUGCUAGACCUCAUAAGGCUUCUUUACCUGCCCACAUCUCCCCAAACCCCACCAACAACCGCACAAAACAGUAUGAAUCAUGCCACGCAGCUUCUUAAACUCGGGAUAAAACUCAAGAAAGCCGACGCGGAUGAAACUCCACUCACUAUCAAAUUCGCCAACGGAGAACUCAAGAUCCCACCUUUAAAAAUCCAUUCUUGCACAGAAAUCUUGCUGAGAAACUUGAUUGCAAUGGAGCUUUCCUACCCGAAAUGCCCGAAACCCGUUGCCUCCUACGUAGUACUAAUGGAACGGCUGAUCAAAACUAAGAGGGACGUGAGAUUGCUGCAUGAGAAGAACAUUCUGAUUCUUGAUGGCUAUGGCAGAGAAGAAGAAAUCUUAAUGCUAUUCAAGAAACUGUGUGUGGAUGUGAAUGUGGAGGAAUUCUACUACAGAGGGGUUUGUGGGGAAAUCAAUGGGUUCCAAGCAAGGAAGAGGAGAGUGUUAUGGGAGAACAUGAGGUAUUUUUAUCAUAGAACUCAUAUGGGGGUUGUAUUGUUCUGUUUGGCUGUGGGGUUCUUGGUUUUGGUUUUCACAGCAGGGUUUAUCUCACUCAUUGCUUUUCUACUUCACCAUUUCCAGUGAGAUUGCUUGGGGAGAUAUUUGUAUUUUGUGUUUUUGGAAUUAUUUAUUUUCUUAGAGGGUAUUUUGGAGAUUUUAUUUGGUGCAUGUGUUUGGGUGUAAUUUUGGUCUAUUUGCAAAUAAUUGCAAUUUCUUUUUCUCCAGAGGCUCUCCCAACU